AUGCCGCCGAAAAAGGACGCGAAGCAGUCUAAAGCGGAUCUCGCGAAGAAGCAGAAGAUCGUGGAGGAUAAGACGUUCGGGCUGAAGAACAAGAAUAAGAGCAACAAGGUUCAGAAGUAUGUGCAGAGCAUGCAGCAAUCCGUCCAGGCGACCGCCAGAAAACAGGCCGCCGAAGAUCCAACCGUCGCCAGAAAGAAGAAGAAGGAGGAGGAGGCGAAGAGAGAAAAGGAGCUGAACGAGCUCUUCAGAGUGGCAAUCACUCAGCCCAAGGUCCCCCCGGGCGUGGACCCCAAGUCCAUUGUCUGCGAGUUCUACCGCCACGGGCAGUGCAGCAAGGGCUUUAAGUGCAAGUUCUCGCACGACCUGAGCGUGGAGCGCAAGGGCGAGAAGAUCGACCUGUACAGCGACCAGCGGGACGAGGAAGACAAGAUGGAGGACUGGGACCAGGCGAAGCUCGAGCAGGUGGUGGCGUCGAAGGGUGCUGAGUACAAGAACGCCAACAAGCCUACGGAGAUUGUGUGCAAGUACUUUCUUGAGGCCGUGGAGAAGAAGCAGUACGGGUGGUUCUGGGUGUGCCCCAACGGCGGCAAGGACUGCAUGUACCGCCAUGCGCUGCCGCCCGGCUACGUGCUCAAGUCGCAGAUGAAGGCUUUGCUGGAAGAGGAGCAGGCGAACAAGCUGACCGUUGAAGAGAUGAUCGAAAACGAGCGCAAGAUGACCGCAAGCCACACGCAGCUGACCACGGAGAUUUUCAUGGAGUGGAAGAAGAAGAAGCAGGCCGUGAAGGACGCUGAAAUGGCGGCCAGGAAGGCAGCACGCGCAAAGGAGGACAGAAUGAGUGGUCGUGAGCUGUUCCUGUCCGAUGCCUCUCUUUUCGUCGACGACGAUGCGGCAUGUGAUGCGUACGAGCGAGUGGAGGAGGAGGAAGGGGCGGCAGCUCCCCCUGUUCCUACUACAGGGGAAUCCAGCAGCAGCGGUGGGGGUGGUGAUGCAGGGCCUAGCACAUCUGGUUCUGCAGCAGGAGGGGGUGAGGCUGGUUCGUCAGGGCUUGCUCUCACGGAGGAGGAUGAAAUGCUUUUGGCUGAGGAUGAUGAUGAGCUGGCUCCAGAAGAGCUGGAGGAGCUGGAAGCUGAGCUGGCAAAGACGUCAAUCUCUUGA